UUUACUCGGGGGGCACGACACUGAAGGUCUGUCUUCCUCUCUGAAAUACCCUCUCAAAUACCUCUCUGACCCAUGCGAGAUUCCUAAGCGAGUCAAGUCUGGGCGAUCCUUCUCCCCAUCGUGCUGCUGCAAGGACUGUCCGAAGAUCCGAAUCUCUCAAGCUCAUUGGCUCCACCUCAAGACAAUCAAGGUUUGAUGAUUGAUUAAGAGCAUCCAAUCUUACUCAACCUGCCGCUGUGCCGCCGUGCCGCAUCGGUUUUCGUUUUUCGCUUUAAUAAGCCCCGGGAGGCACCUUCUCCCCUCUCCUCCCUCUUCGAAAAGAGCUUCGCGUUCUGUGUUUGGUACUGCAGUCGAGAGAAGGAGAGAUAAACGUGUUGGGUCUCGUCGUUCUGUCAUCUGCAAGUUCACCUUGGAUACGCCACCACGAUCCUUCACCGUGAACUCCGAGUCCUAGACAACAUCAACUUGUCAUACACACAUCUACAUCACCUACACCCACAAGAUGAAGGCAACACUCGCUUACAUCGUUGCCGCGGGCCUCCUCGGGGCCGCGCAGGCAGCAAUCACCCCGGUUAAUAACAUCAUCCGCCACGAGUACAACUUGAACGCGAGGGCGGGCGUCCACGGCAACCUCGAACGGGAGGAGGCCGGGUUCAACGCCGACACCGACAUCCUGCAGCCUGUCGUCUAAUAAGAACACGAACAAACGUCGACACCCAUACGUGCACCGUCGCGGUCGACGAGGCGGAGACCGACUAUCACCGAACCCGACUCUUGAUCAGGCACGACUUGUAACGUCGAUGUCACGAGUCGCUCGGCAUCAACACACAACACUUGUUCACUUC